AUGCAUGAGCAUGUGAGGAUCAAGCAUUUUGACAGGGCGUUUGUUACACCACGGGUCAAGGGCAUUGAGCAUGAGCUGCUUCUGAAGAAGAGGCCACUGCUUCAAGCGAGAGCCUUGUUUCUGGAAGAGGUGCAGGCGUUGGAAGCUUUUGUCAUUAGCCCGAGUGAGGCCCACCUAGGCAUUAUUGCUGGAUACUUGAUGUGGUGCUUGGCCACCAGCAGCCGGUUCUCCGACAGCAUGGGUGCAAGUGGCUUUAACGUUGAUGAGGCUGUGCAUUCAACAGUGGUCUCUGCAGGAACGUACAGGCACAAAACAUCAGUGUCGGCAGCACAGAAAACUACGCUGCUUCCACUCCUGGGGCUUGGAAGAUGGUUCGCCGAUGAGUCUUGGGCGACCAGCUGGCUCCAGCUUAUGGAGGAGGCUUUUGGGCAGGUGGAAGGACGUGGAUUCCUCCUGCCGGCCUUUUCAGAGAAGAGCUUGCAGUGGUUGCCCCGCCGGAUGUCAUCGUCUGAGGGCACAUUGUGGUUGAGGGACAUCCUCACCGUGGCAGGACAGGGCCGUUGUGUUGAGUCCCUCACCACGCAUUGCCUCAAGGUGACAAGGCUUGCCUGGUUUACAAUCAGUGGGAAGUUCAGCAUGGCUGAACGUCGCAUUGCUGGGCACCACCUGGACAAGGAGCAUCGAUCAGCCCUGACGUAUGGCAGGGAUAACCACCUUGCCGUGCUCAAGAAGGAAGCCCUUUUGCUUCAGAAAAUCAAAGCUGGAAGGUUCGACCCGGAUGAGAGUCGUGCCCGCCACAUUGACAGGGAGAUCGAGGAGGUGCUGCGAGAGCAUGUCAAUGCUCAAGAUGAUGAGGACUCAGACUUCGACCAUUUUGACGAGGUGGAAGAUGGCGUUGACAUUGCUGAAGAUGCUGACCACCUUGGCCAGCCGAUUCGUGACAAUCCAUUGGAUCCUGAUUUGAUAUAUUGGCAGCACCACCUGUCUGGAACCUUGCACAUUGAAAGCUUGCCGCCGAAGUUUGCAUGUGGCCGUGCCACCAAUGCCAACUACUCAGCUGUGUCUGGGAAUGACCUGUUGAAGUUUGAUGCAACACCCAUGGCUACCGAAAGCAAUGCUGCAUUCAAAGCCCGUGCAUUGGACUUGGGCCUGAGUGAGGAGAGGUUUGAACUGCUCAUAGGAGCUGGGGUGAAAAACUUCGGACAAUACGCCUUUAUAUGUCAGUAUCAACCUGGAAGUUCAGACGAGUCCCCACUUUUGAAAGUUUUGGGAGAGAUCUACACUGCUGAUGUUGCCGGGGGUGAAUUGACUGUAGGUGAGAGGUCCAUCCUUAGAAGGUUGUACUUUGAAAGCCAUACCACGGCAGUGCAAGAGAUGAGGCUGCGCAUCGAAAGGCAACCUGAUGACACACCCAAAUCCAUUCCAAUGGCAGAACGAAUUGAGAGACUGAACGCCUUCAAAGAAAGUCAUUGCCAUCUCAUUAUGGAUUACUCAACUGAACCAUCUCACAAAUUGGUUGACUUGGCUUGCCAACAGGCCGAAGCACAGGUUGUGUCCUACAUAGAACUUAGCAUGUGCACCAGCCGUGAAUCUGAGAUCACCCACCGGAAGAAAGAGACGCAGGUCUCAGUGGACCAAUCAGGUAUGCUCAAACUCACCAAGCAGGAGCGUGAGUUGAAAGCCGAAGCCACCGGCGAUCUGAAGGUCCGUCAGUGCAUGCAGCGGCGGGCGGUGGCCUAUCACCUUGCCAACAUCGCAACAUAUCAAGUUCUAGAGAAGUUCACAGCCAAGCUGUUUCAUUACCUGUCGAAAGAGCCAAUUGCCAGUUACAAGCCAGUCAGCAUGCAGCAGAUCAUUCAUGCUGACCGUGAACUCUGGAUUCAGGUAUCGCAGACAACCAGGGGCAAGAUCUUGACAUCGACUCCCAAGCCCAUCGAUGAGGCCAUCGCAAAGCUGUCUGAGUCAACGGAAGUUUUGUAUCAUCUGUUGCCGUUACCUCAGAGCCAUCAGCCGAAGCCAGCAGACAAGCCCAAGCCUGACCGAUCGCGGUCUCCGAGACGGCCCAAAAACAAAGGUAAAGGGAAAAACAAGGGUGCAGGCAAAGGCUCCAAACCGGAUUUGCCACCCAAUUGUGUUGCAAAAGAUGAGCAGGGCAGGAACAUUUGCUUUGCCUAUCAAUGGGGCAAAUGCCAACACCCAGGCGAUUUGCCUGGUUUACCUGACAAGCCUGAAGCCAUUUUGGUAGGGCCAGUUUUGCAGUUUUUGCAGUCGGAAUCCACAUGUACAGCUGUUGAUUUCGCCUUGCCAGCAGCCGAGAUGAUUUUCCUAGAAGUUUUUGCAGGAAGGGCAACUCUAACGGCCGAAGUGCGUAAGUCUGACCAGCAACCUCUAGGCCUGGAUUCCCUGGUAGGACAGGAUCGUGUCCUCAAGAUGCCAACAGCGGAAGAAGCGGCAUACACGCCCGAACUCGCCAAAGCAGUUGCAGCCUGCCUUGGUCCAGAGCUGUUAAGCCGUGGGGUCCAAUUUCCGAAUGACAUCCAUACAGCGGCCAACCCACGGAAAGUCAUCCGAGCAGAACAGUUCCGCUUGCCACAACUCAUUUCUGAGUUCUUUGCAAUCACCGAUUUUCCAGUACCUAGUUAUGAGCUUAUCGUAACCUUGUCUCGGGUACUUCAGCUGGGCCCAGCUGGAGUGAUUGCUCACCGAGCUGGUCGUGCCAAAGAACUGGUAGGACUGUUAAAGUCUAUGGAAGCAGACAAUGCGGCCUUCUUGGAUUCCUUGCCGGCAACACCAAAGAAAAUCUUGCGGGGAAAGCGCAUGGCCUUGUGGAAGCACUUGUCCGAAAAAUAUGAAUGCCCCGAUGUAGGGAUAAUCGAUGAGAUAGCCCAGGGAUGUCCCUUAACCGGCCUAGGUGUGCAUUCUAAGCUGUUCCCAGCUGGAUUUCAACCAGCCCAGAGACCAGCAGACCACUUAAAGCGACAGCAUGUGUGGUUGAGACAUCAAGUUCUUGGCAAGUGCCGGUCGUCUGGCAACCUGGAGGUGGAUCAGGAGUGUUGGGAUCAGACCUUGUCCGAAGUCAAAGAUGGUUGGAUGGAGGGGCCGUUUGAGUCAGCUAGUGCAGUGACGCAGCAUCUUGGAUCUGACACCUGGUUGUGCAGCCGGAGAUUUCCGUUAGUUCAAGGUGAUAAAGUCCGAUUGAUCGAUGACGCAAAAGAGAGCCAGAUCAACACUGCAUACUAUGCCACAAACAAGUUGGCGCUCCAGGACGUCGACUGCCUGGUAUCUUUGGUUAUGCAGAUGUGCAGGUGCUUUGUUCAGCGCCGUGAAUUUGCGAUGAGGCUGAGUGAUGGGUCGACCGUUUCCGGCAGAGUGGCUCCUGACUGGGGACCCGAAGUGAGCGUUCUUGGCAGGACGCUUGACCUUUCGUCUGCAUAUAAGCAGUUGCCCACUAGUGACCAGGAGCCCUGGUCCCGCAUCAUUGUGGUGCAUUGCCCGGUUGACAAUAAGCCCAAAUUCUUUGUAAGCUUAGUACUCCUCUUUGGCUGCACGGCCUCCGUGUAUUUCUUCAACAGGGCCUCAAAAAACUUGUGGUGGCUCUUUCAGAAAAUGUUCAUGGUAAUAGGCACUACCUAUUAUGAUGACUAUCCCACGGUUGAGCCAGAAGCCACUGCUGGAUCAGCCCGUGCGUGUCAGGAGCUUCUCUUGACGAGCCUUGGUUGGAAGUUUGCCAAAGAGGGGAAAAAGGCCUUAGACUUCUCGCAGGUGUUCGAUGUGCUUGGGAUAAGCCUUGACUUGUCUGGUUGCAAUAAAGGAAACUUUUCUAUCAACAACAAAGCCAGCAGGGUUGAAAAGAUCCUUUCGCAGGUCGACCAGUUUGUCACUAGGGGCUCCGUGACCUCAGCUGAGGCUGCCCAAGUGCAUGGCAUUCUUAACUUUGCUCAGGGCCAGUACUUGGGCCGAGUCUUGCAACCUGCAAUGCGGUUUUUCCAAAGAAUUUCCUUGCAAGGGUGGAACGCAAGCCUGAAGUCGGAGCUGGCUCAGGUGGCCACGUUCCUUGCCACUGCCUUGCUGUGCGGCCCACCCAGGGUCCUUAACAUUUCGGAUGCACUCACACCUGUUCUUCUUUUCACCGACGGUGCCUGCGAGCCGGCAGGGCAUGGUUUCGAGGUAGGUGCUGGACUAGUCAUCCGAGAUCCUGUGACUGGCCUUUUUCGAGUUCAUGAGACCCCCAUAGCUCAAGAAGUCAUAGACACUUGGGCCGCCACAGGCAAGAACCAAGUCAUUGCUGCAUGUGAACUGUACCCGAUCCUCAUUGCCUGGCUGCACUAUGGUAAGGUCUUCCAUAACCGCAGAGUAAUAGUUUUCAUCGACAACUCCUCUGUGAAGACGGCUGCUGCUAAAGGUGCGUCCAAGCAAGUAGAGCUCUUUGCGUUGUUGUCCUUGAUAUGCCUGGAACAAUCCAGACACCCCACCUUGGUCUGGUAUACACGUGUGCCAUCAAAAAGCAAUUGCGCAGACGGCCCCAGCCGACAAAAUGCCAAGUCCACCGCCCUUGACCUUGGGGCACAACUUGGCGAGCCGCUUGGUCUGAGUGGGCCGUUGCUCCAAUUUCUUGAAGGUACAUUGUCGUACCCCGUGUUGAUGAAGAAGUUGGCUGAGGUUUGGAACAAGGGGGAAGGAGCUGCGACUCCAUGA